AUGUCUGCCAUUGGUUUGCCUCCUCACAUUUUAAUUUUAUUUCAAUCAAGACCAUUACUAGACUUUUAUAAACCAAUUAAAAAAAAAAAGCCAAAAGAAUAUACUGGAAUAAGCGAAUUUUUAAAUUAUUUUGAAGAUGGAAAACCACCACCCAAAAUAAAAUUAGAGAGUCCAAAAGAAAGAAAAGAAAGAAAAAAAAAAGAAAAAAUAGCUUAUAAUGAAUUAAUUUUAAAAGAAAAAAAAAAAGAAUAUGAUCCAUUUAAAAAUAAUGAUAUAUCUAGUGACCCUAAAAAAACUUUAUUUAUUGGUAGAUUAUCAUAUGAAGUAAAUGAAAAAAAAUUAAAAAAAGAAUUUGAAACAUAUGGAAAAAUAAAAUAUGUUAAGGUCAUAUAUGAUCAGGAUAAAAAACCACGAGGUUAUGCUUUCAUAGAAUUUGAGCAUACAAAAAGUGUAACAGAUGCUUAUAAUUUAGCAGAUGGAAAAAAAAUUGAAAAUAGAAGAAUAUUAGUAGAUAUGGAAAGAGCAAGAACAGUUAAAAAUUGGGUACCUAGAAGAUUAGGAGGGGGAAAAGGUCCUUCUAGGGGUUCAGAUGAAAGAAAAAAAUUGACACAUAGUGUUAAUUGGAAUGCUUUAAUUAAUAAAGAUAAGUAUAGAGAUGACAAAAGAAAAAAUGAUGAUCCAUAUAAACAUAUUCCACUGUAUAGUGAAAGAAAUGAUGAUGGCCCAUAUGGAAAUAGUAGUUCUAGAGAUCAUAAAUCACAUAGAGGUAGCGAAAGAAAUUCCAAAAGGGAUAGAAAUCAUAGAAGUCGUCGAAGCGAUUCUCGUGAUAGACACCGUCAUAAGUAUCGUAAAAGAGAACAUAGUAGAAAUCGAAGUAGAGACAGAGAUAGAGGCAGAGAUGGAGAUAGAGACCGAGAUAGAGACCGUGAUAGAGAUAGAAAUAGAGAUAGAGAUAGAAAUAGAGAUAGGGAUAGAAAUAGAAAUCGAGAUAUGUAUAAUAAUACUUAUUAUGAUAAGGAAGAAAUGUCCAAAAAUAAUAUGUAUAGCCAGGAAAAUGGAGAAUAUAGUAAUGAUCAUAAUGAAGGGUAUGAAUAA